GAAGGUGAACGCGCCUGGCGAUCGUGUUUGAUUGGUGAUGCCUGCUGCGCGCUGAUCGAUGAUCUCCAGACCGAUUACUUCUGUCUGCUCGUCGGCUCAUGGCGCUGUUCUGUGAGCUGCUGUACACAACAGGAGUGUGUGUCGUUAUCUAGUCUCGUGAACAUGGGCCGUCGCUCGUCAGACAGCGAGGACAACAGUCGAAGCCGGAGGAAGAGGAGACAGAGGGGCCGUUCUUCAUCAUCCAGCUCCUCUCACAGCCGCAGCAAACCCUCCCGCAGACGCACGCGCUCCAGAGACAGAAACAGAGACGCAGACAGGAGGCACAGAAAGCGCUCCAACAGCAGCUCCUCCAGAGGGUCGAGUCACAGGAGGCGGAGCCGGAGCACAGACAGGGGGCGGAGCCACAGGUCCCACAGGUCUCGGUCCCGCAGCCGAAACAGAGGGUCUCGCUCCCGUCACCGAAGGUCUCGCAGUCGCAGCAGCGGUCGAUCCAGCAGGAAACGCAGUCGCAGCAGAGACCGAGACCGUGGUCAGCGCCGAACCCGAGACAAAGACCGGCCGCGGGACAAAACUAAGGACAAAGAGACGGACAAAGCCAAAGCCAAAGAUAAGGACAAACAAAGGGAAACAGGAAGCAUCAAAGCUGGAUUAGAACAUCUGACUCCUGCAGAACAGGCCAAAGCUCGACUCCAGCUGGUGCUUCAGGCUGCAGCUAAAACCGAUGAAGUGCUGAAAGCAAAGGAGAGUUUGAGAGAGGAACAGACAAAGGAGGAAGAGGAAGUGUCUCUGGCCGAGCAGGUGAGGAGGAUAAAGGAUAUCGAGGCCAUUGAGAGCGACUCCUUUGUUCCUCAGGCUUUCAAAUCAUCCCGGACCACCCAGGUGACUGAAGCUGUAGAGAUGAAGAACGAGGCCGAGACUAUAAAAGAGGAAGUGUCCCUUCUGCCCAGCUCCAUCACCUACAAUGAGAGCAACACCCUGGCUCACCCGAACCUCUUCAUGGAUAAAGAGGAAGCAGAGAGCUUGUGGUUGAACAGACUGAUCUCUCUGCGUCAGGAGAGGCUCAUGGGAAGUCCAGUUCCCUGACCAGAUCCAGCUUCCUCCAAACCCCUGUGGAUGAUGACUUACUGAGCGGAGCCUCUCUAGUUCCAGCAUCUCUCAAAAAGAGCAAGUGCUCCACCUUCUGGUUUCUGUGGGGAGUCUGAUCCAGAACUCAGCAUGUGAUUAUUCUCAAUCUUUGACCGAUUGUUUAUUUUAGUUCAUACUAACUGAUAAUGGUAGUAUUAAGGUUUUAGAAGUAAUUUACACAAAGCUUUUUUUCACUAUGAAUGAUGGUUGUAUUUAGAGUGUGUUGGGUUUUGUUGUUAUUGUUUUUUCUUUUUUUUCAAAAUAAAUGAUUGAUGAUCAAA